AUGGUCCAGCCGCCAGAGCGUGGCAGCAACCACACACAAGUCGGAGCGCAAUGUGAGAGAGGAAGUGCCUUCCCUGAUGUCUGCUGCAGCUUUGACCUGCUUCUACAGCUGAAGCUCCACCCUCCCCCUGCCUCGCUCGCUUGCAGCCGCGGUAACCUGAAUCCAAGGACAGUGACCACACCUUCAUCAUUGUCCCCCAGUCCAUCUCCAGCUUGUCCUCACCGACCUGCUCUGCUGCCGAGUGCUCUCCACUGA